ACCCCUGCAUCAAUGGCAUAGACAGACAGGCUGUUGUUCUUGUUUCUGAUGGCGGAUGUGGCUGCAUAUGCAAUAACAAGUGUGCUCGGUCGGUCGGACGGUCGGUCGCGAGCGACCUAGCGAAUAAUAGUCAUCAUUGGACAGUCAGUAUGGAUCGCUAGGUAGUAAACCGGCGUUAUGAUGCACAUGUCCGACAAGGCCGAGGAAUAAUCACUCAAGGAUGGAAUGAACGAAAUGCAAGUGACUCUCGGACGGGUUUCACUGGAUGAUUGGCAAAUAUGUAACUUCAUUUCUUUUCUGUGGCCGUGCUGUGUGUGUGCUUUGUCCAUGGCCAUUUCAGCCUCAAUAUGCGCCCGGCCUCGUCCGUUAUGCCAACAAAACUCUCUCCCCCCAACUCGUAUCACCGUAUUGAUGGUAGUAGCACCUGGAGUAGUAGCAGCGUAUGUGGUAAGAACGCAAGUAAGACCUCGCAACACAAAUGGUGGCGCACAAUGUAUUGCUAGCGCUGUCUGCGUCCGCGACCGUCCCGGCUCGCCCCGUCACUCUAAGGCGUCGUCUCGUUCGUUGUACGCCUGCGCGACUGCUUUUGAUAUCCGUCGCAUGACCCUGCAAGUGCCCAAACAGAAGAAGCCCAUGCACGCGUCCCAACAGUGGAGAUAUUUCAAAACAGGAGAUAUCAGAUCCAUAGAUCAAAGAGUUGAGAAUAGUACAGAUUGCAAGAAGUGAACAGGUUGGUUCGUGAUAUCAUUCCCAUAUGUGGAUCCUGCCUGGUGUUACGGAUCCGACCCUUCCAAAUGAUGAGUUGGGUGACGCAAAAAACGCCGGAAGGCUACGUUGCGGCGUGCCUGUAUGCUUGCUGGUAGUAUAGAGAAAAACAGAAGG